ACUGAAUAGCGACUACAUACGUAAGCUACAACGACAUAGUAGACAGGGGUGUAGUCAUUAAGUCUAAGAUGCUAGAACUCUCAAUUUACAAACAGAUUGCCUUGGCUCUAGUAAGUUUAGGAUGACAUAUCAACCUCAGGCAACUCACAGGUUCAAUGGUCAUGGUGAUCAGCCUUGCCAGUUGUCAGAUGUAGGCUGAAGGAUUGUACGCGGCAAAAUUACAUCUCACAGCUCGGCUGUUAUCAGUUAGAUAUCCCCGCAUUUAAGUACUCCAACAAUCGAUCGUAGCCUACCUUGACAAUUUCACCUCAUCUUCGUGGCAUUGUCAAUAAGAAAUGAUGCGGAUUGAACUAAAACAAUCUCCUCAUUGCGCGAAAGGGGAGGGGGUCUCCCUUGUUAAACCUCAGCAGUCUCCAGAUGCACAACCAUGGCGGCCGACGAUAUGGGGACAUCUUCAGAAAUGGAGGUAUAUAUAUGUCCUGAUCGCGGUUGCUCUUUUUUAUGGUGUCAAUAUUCAGUCACGCUUUCAGAAAUACUUCAAUAGACAUAAUGCUUUGAAUGAGGGCCCAAUUCACGAGAGAACUGAGCUAUGGACCGAAUGGCUUGAUAUCACUCCGAGUGAAAAGCUCAAAUGGCAACCGUGUUUUGGCAUCUAUGGGCCCAAUUUUCAAUGCGCAAGGCUCACGGUCCCUAUGGACUACACUCGUCCAUUAAACGAGUCUGCUGACAACCCCAAGGUACAUCUCGCCUUGAUAAUGGCAACUGGGGCAAGUCGUACACAGGACCCGUUGACCUACGCCGAGGCUCCUAUCCUAAUCAACCCAGGUGGCCCCGGUGGCAGCGGCGUCAUAUUUGCUCAAGCAAGGGCCAACAGCAUGCUCCAGAUAGUUGGCGAUCAACACGACAUCAUCGGUUUCGAUCCCCGCGGAGUGGGAGCUUCGACACCUAAAGCUGAUUGUUUCACAUCGUCUGAUAGUCCUAGCGGGGUCUCGGGGCGUAAUACCGCAUAUAUGAACAGAUUGACCUGGCUCGUUGGUGGGCAAGGAAUUGGCUUGGCAAACUCUAGCAAUAUGGCUUUGACUACGCUGAGUGCUCGGUCAGCCGCAGUCAACAAGAUGUGCCAACGAGUGGAUGAGUCUGAAGGUGAUGGCAGUAUUUUUCGUCACAUGAGCACUCCAAAUAUCGCGCGAGACAUGCUCUCGAUCGUUGACGCCUGGGACGAAUGGAGAUCAAGUACUCAAAGCAUUCCAGUUACGCAACGAGAGACCGCACAUCCACCCGCCGAAGACCAAAGUUCCGAUGAUCAGAAUAAGAGCAAGCCCAGUCUACAGGGGAAGCUCUUGUAUUGGGGAUUCUCCUAUGGCACGUUUCUAGGGGCUACUUUUGCCUCCAUGUUUCCCGACAGGGUAGGAAGGCUCAUGUUAGAUGGUGUUGUGCACGCAGAUCGCUACGUUAAUCCAACGUGGGGAGGCAGUAUUGGCGAUGCCGAUGCCAUAUGGGAUAGGUUCUUUGUGUACUGUGCGGAUGCAAAGACCUCGUGCAGCUUUUAUCGCACCGGAGAUGACCCAGAAGAUAUCAGAAAGCGGUUUAGGGAAACACUGUCGUUGCUUGAAGAACAGCCUGCCACCGUAAUUCUUCCCGAUACGAACCUUCCCGGAAUAGUUACGGCGAGUGAUAUAAAGAAGUCAAUAUUCUUCGCCGGUCUGUACGCACCUACCGUUGGGUUUCCUUUGAUUGCUGGGCUCCUAGACCAUGCCUUCAACGGUAGAUUGGGAGACAUAGCGCAAGGUGCGGGCAUCGCGUCCAUGUGCGGCAACAUUACCCUUCCCGUCUACCCAGACGACGCGAUGAGAGGAAUUGCCUGCAGUGACAAACAGCACAGACUGAAUGAGAAUGUAACCGGCCUCUGGGAUCGAUUUGAGAAAGUAGCAACGUAUUCGUGGUUUGCGGAUGUUUGGUUCGGUGUCGAACCGAAUCUCGGUUGUAAUGGAUGGGAGAUUAAAAGCAAAGUCCCUCCUAUGCGAUGGGGUGAUCGACCUGACCAAAGGCCGGCACUCAUAGAGACGAGUUUUCCCAUCCUUUUCCUCUCCAACACGCUUGAUCCAGUCACGCCGCUUGGCCAUGCACUUGAUAUGACGCGAAAGUUCGCCAACGCAAGCAUUGUUGAGCAAGAUGGACUUGGACACUGCACCCUUUCAUGUGUCUCGAGCUGCACUAUAGGAUAUUUGCGGGCGUAUAUCAACGAGGGUAUUGUCCCACCACCGCCAAAAUUCGAAUCUGAUUCGGGGAAUAAGGGCCAAUGGCCCAAGUGUAAAUGUUUUGACAAGCCCUGGACAUCUCCGGCCUACGGAGAAGAGGAGUCGCUGGCUAGCUUUCCGGUAACUAAAAGUCAAAGGCAAGGUUACGAAGAGUUGCGAGCUCAGUUUUCCGCAUUCACAUUGUCUCAGCAGCUUGACCAUAACAACCCCUUGAAAGCAUAUCUCGUCAAACAGAGCGGCUUAGCUGGUAGCUAUCCAUGAGUAGAUAUACACCCCUGGAGAAACCAAUCUGAUGAUAUUGUCGGGAAGGAAUAAGAUAUUCGUCUGUUGCCCGAAUCAAUUAAAGCUCUUCACUUUUUUUUCUUUUUUUUUCUUAUUUUUGAAGUUCCUAUAUUCAUUCCUUGCUUUCACUCUGUAUGUUGUACCUACUUAAGUAAGUGCCCAUACUUCGUACCUAGAUGUAGGAGGCGU